AACAAACAUGUCUCGUGUCAGAGAAGAUCACAAUCCACCAUAACCAAAACCCUAGAACAGUCCAAGCUGCUCUGAUCUCCCAAACUGCCGUUUUUUCUUUUUCUUCUGAUACACACAAAUCUCGUAAUGUAAUGCUCGUAGUGUCUGCUGUCAGCUUUCCAGAAAUUCCCAUUACUUUCUAGGGUUUCGGAUUGAAUUCAUCGCCUAGUACAUUUUCACUCCCCCAGCCUUUUUUCCUCCCCAAAUUCCUUGUUCCCCACAUUUUCUUUUCUUUUCCUUUUCCUUUUCCGUUUCCCUUUUUCCAUUUUCCUGAGAAUCGCAACACCAGAUGAGCCAAAACUCCGAGAAAAUUUUUGGGGCGCGAAUUGGGACAAGAUGCGCUCGUCCAAUCUCUUUCUGCUGUUCCGUGCAAUCUGAUUCUGGUCAUGUCUGCUUCCUCUGUAUUAUACAUACAUACAUGCAUACAGCCUCGGCGCACAUUAGCCCUUCUGAUGGAGGUAUGCGUAUUCCCAGUUCACUCUAGCAUUCUCGGCGCAUGUUAGUUCGUCACUCUUUUUUUCUUUUAUGUGCAAGUAUGAAGGAAUAUGUGAAUUUUUUUUUCCCCCUCAAAGGGAAAAAACAAAAGGCAAUGAAAGAAAGCUGCCCGUAACUUUCUAUGAUUUGUCGGGGUUGUUGCCCAGAAAAGUGGAAUUGAAAAUAUUAUUUAAAAAAAAUAAAAUCUCCAACAGUUUGAUUCUCUGUGCAUAAAUCUUAAAAGUUAUUGAGAAUGAUUAUUUAAAAUAUUAGUAAAUGGGAACAAGAGUGUAUUGAAUUUAGAGUUUUAAUUAUUUCAAACACACAUUAUAAGAAUUUCUCUUAUUAACAGUGGAGGAGAGUGAUUAGAGACAAGAUUAUGUGCAAAAUAAAGGAUGGCUUCUGAAAAACCAGAGAAAGUUCCCUUCUCUUCUCCCUCACCUCUCCUCUCCUCUCUCUCUUGGCCUCUUCUCUCAUCAAAGCCAGCUCCUUUUUGCUGAAUACUCAUUUUGAUUGAGCUGAGAUUGUCUUUUUGAGUCUCUUCUUCUUCUCUGCUGACUGCACCCUUUUUCGUGCUUUCUUCUAGCAUAUGAUAUCUCUGAGGCAAGCUUAAGCUUAAGCUUCCCCAUCUUCUUGUUGAAGUUUUCAUUGAUGUCUGUGCCCUUAGAACACAAUUACAUAGGCCUAUCAGAGGUUUCUUCAGUGGAAAUCUCUGAGAAGAUGUGUAGCUUGUCUGAAGAAAAGAAUCAGAGGAGCAAUGGUCUCAACUUGAAGGCUACUGAGCUGAGGCUAGGCUUGCCUGGGUCUGAGUCUCCUGAGAGGAAUGAUGGACUUGGGGGAGCCCUGUGUAAGGGGUUGGUGGUGGUGGAGGAUAAAAGCGGGUACCCGCUUGGGGUUGUGAAGAACUUGGUGUCUGGGGCGAAGAGGGGCUUCUCUGACGCCAUAGAUAAUGGUUCUGGGAAGUGGGUAUUCUCUGGCGGUGGUGGUGGAUCUGAGGUUGACUUGCCCAAAGGAGGUGGUGCUUUGUUCUCUCCCCGAGGUGCUAAUGGUGCUGGUGGUGGUGGGAAGCCUCUUGGUGGGUCGGAAAGUGGCAAUCAGCAGUUGCCGCCGUCCAUGAAAGAUGUCGUUCCGCAGUCGCCAAAGCCGGUGCCGGAGAAGAAGCCUCAGGGUGGUGCUGCUAAUGGCCAUGGGUUUGCUCCCUCAGCAAAGGCACAGGUGGUUGGAUGGCCCCCAAUUCGUUCAUUCCGAAAGAAUACCAUGGCGAGUAAUCCUCCUAAGAAUAAUGAUGAUGCAGAAGGGAAGUCGGGUUCCGGAUGUCUGUAUGUAAAAGUCAGCAUGGAUGGCGCCCCCUACCUGAGGAAAGUUGAUCUCAAAAACUAUGGCAGCUAUAUGGAACUCUCCUCGGCUCUUGAGAAGAUGUUCAGCUGCUUUACCAUUGGGCAGUGUGGCUCACAUGGAGUUCGCACCCGAGAUGGGCUGAGUGAGAGUCGCUUAAUGGAUCUUCUCCAUGGUUCUGAAUAUGUACUGACUUAUGAGGACAAGGAUGGCGAUUGGAUGCUAGUUGGUGAUGUUCCUUGGGAGAUGUUCACCGAUUCUUGCAAGAGACUCAGGAUAAUGAAGAGUUCAGAGGCAAUUGGGCUUGCUCCUAGAGCCAUGGAGAAAUGCAAAAGCCGCAACUAGCGCAGCCCUGUGAUCAUGCAUUCUCUUCAAACAAGGUGGCAUUCAUCCGAACUCUUAAAUCCCCAAACCAUAAAAGAGGUUGGACUCUGUUGUUUUCCUAAAUUUGUAUGUUUUUGAAUAUUUUGAAAGACUUUGUGCACUAGAAAAAACAUUCUAGUAGGCAAGAGAUAUCUCCGUAGAAUUACAAUUCCAAGGUUUCUUAGGUUUGCCCUCCCAAAACUUUCCUCCUCCUCCUCCUCCCAUGUAUUCUGAUUGCUGGCCUCUUGAGGCUUCAAUAUUUAUGUAAAUGGUUUGUCUGUUGUCGCAA